AUGCCGUCGGCGACCCCGCCCCUGCGCUCAGCCGUUGCCAGGAAACAAGCAUCGACGCUCUGGCUUUGGCCCGGUCCAGCCAAUGAGCUGGCACGCCGCUGCCCAGCGGUGCGUCGCUGGGCGGUUACGUGUGGUGCGCGGGGGCGCGAGUUGCGUGUGGCGCGGGGCGGGGCGCGGCUGGUGAGCCUGAGGAGUGAUGGCGGCCUGAACUCACCUAGCACCGCGGUGGCGAUCGGGCCUGGUCAGGGUCGGGGUUCUGUGAGUGAACACUAA